CCUGAGAGAACAACAACUUGUUUAUGGAAGGAGAGACGACGGCAUGCUAGACACGUUUUCAAAAAACCUACAUCGAGGGAACGUGUAUUAUUAUUAUUCAUUUUAUUAGUGAAAAACCCGAAACAAACAGCUGAGAUGGUGUCUUAUAAGCGACUGAGCCCAGAGGAUGUCCAGUUCACCAACGCUGCUGCUUCAGAGGAGGCUCCUGUACGGGAGGAGGGGAAGGACCCAGAGGAGACAGAGCGCCCCCUGCUGCCCCGGAGGCCCUCCUGUUCUGCCACCACGGCCCUCAUCUCCCUGGGCUCCCUGCUGCUCCUGGUCUGUGGCCUCUGGCUUCUGGUGACCAUCUUCUGGCUCCAAGCCCCCUCCAACAGCGUCCCCCACAGGGCCCCGCCGCCCAGGGGCUCCCCAGGGACGGGUGGGGGAGACGGGGGUAGAGCCCUACCAGAGCCCCAGGCUUGUGGAGUGGUCCCAGAGGCCUGGAGGUUUGACUGCUACCCAGAGAGAGGGGUGGUGGUGACCAGGGAGUUGUGUGAGGCGAGGAACUGUUGCUUCAUCCCUGCCUCCUCCUCCCCCCCUGCCCUGGGGAGGAACGGUGUUCCCUGGUGUUUCUACCCUCCUGGGUUCCCCUCCUACUCCCUGGUGUCUGUUAACGCCACAGACUUGGGUCAGACGGGAACUCUGGUGAAGACGGUGAAGACCUACUACCCUAAAGACAUUCUGACCUUACAGCUGGGGCUCCUCUAUGAGACAGACAACAGGCUCCGAGUCAGGAUCACCGACCCGUCUGAGUCGCGGUUCGAGGUGCCAAUCGCCGUGCCCAAGGCCACAGAGAAGGCCUCUAGUCCCGCCUACUCUGUGGAGCUGUCCAAUGAGCCGUUUGGCAUCAUCGUUAAGAGAACUUCCACAGGAGCUGUGCUCCUCAACACCACGGUAGCUCCUCUGUUCUACUGUGACCAGUUCCUCCAGCUGUCCAGCAGUCUGUCCAGUCAGUACAUCUAUGGGCUGGGAGAACACCGCUCCUCCUUCCUACACGACAUCCACUGGAACACCCUCACCAUGUGGGCUAGAGACGUGGCGCCCACGGAGCUGACUAACCUGUACGGGGUUCAUCCCUUCUACCUGGCGAUGGAUGAGGGAGGGACGGGGACAGCACAUGGAUUCUUCCUGCUCAACAGCAACGCGAUGGACGUGGUCCUCCAGCCGGGCCCUGCCAUCACCUGGCGUACCAUCGGUGGGAUCCUGGACUUCUACGUCUUUCUGGGUCCCGAUCCGACCUCUGUGAUUGGACAGUAUUUGGAGGUCGUAGGUUACCCCGCCAUGCCGGUCUACUGGGCGCUGGGCUACCAUCUCUGUCGCUGGGGUUACGGAAGUAGCAAUGCCACCUGGGACGUCGUCAAGAACAUGAGGAACUAUGGAAUACCUCAGGAUGUACAGUGGAAUGAUAUAGACUACAUGGACCGUUCUCUAGACUUCACCUUUGACCCCACGGCCUUUUCGACCCUGCCUGACAUGGUGAAAGACCUGCACAGCCACGGACAGCGCUACGUCAUGAUGCUGGACCCAGGUAUCAGCAGUGUCCAGCCAGAAGGAGGGUACUGGCCGUAUGACGAAGGUCUGAGGAGAGGAGUCUUCAUCAACCACACAGAUGGAAGCACACUCAUCGGGAAGGUGUGGCCAGGUCUGACAGCGUUUCCUGAUUUCUCUGACGAUGUGACCCAUGAGUGGUGGUACGACAAUCUCAAGAGGUUCCACGACAAAGUUCCCUUCGACGGACUCUGGAUCGACAUGAACGAGCCAUCUAGCUUCGUGGACGGGUCGACCGUUGGUUGUCCUGACACCGAGCUGGAGAACCCUCCGUACACACCUGGUAUAUUAGGGGGGUUGUUGAGGGCUAAGACUCUGUGUGCCUCUGCUGUCCAGAAGACCUCGUCUCACUACAACAUGCACAGCCUGUAUGGACUUCUAGAAGCUAAGGCCUCGGCACGGUCAGUACGACACAUACACACUCUGAAGAGAGCGUUUGUGAUCUCUCGCUCCACCUUCCCCAGUCAAGGCCAAUACUCUGGACACUGGCUAGGAGACAACAGGAGUCACUGGAAGGACAUGUACACCUCGAUAGCAGGUAUGUUAACCUUUAACCUCCUGGGUGUUCCCCUGGUGGGGGCUGAUAUCUGUGGCUUCAGUGAGCAGACUGAGGAGGAGCUGUGUGUCCGCUGGACUCAGCUAGGAGCCUUCUACCCUUUCACACGCAACCACAACUCUAUCGACCAGAAGCCUCAGGACCCCCCAGCGUUCAGCCCUGCAGCCCGUUCAGCCAUGAAACAGUCUCUGCUGCUCCGCUCCUCUCUGUUCCCUCUGCUCUACACGCUGUUCCACCGCGCACACACACACGGACACACCGUCGCUCGCCCUCUGCUGUUCGAGUUCCCCAAGGAUGUGAGAACGUAUGGGAUAGACAGACAGUUCCUAUGGGGGAAGAGUUUGAUGGUGACACCAGUAUUAGAUCCAGGUGUGGACUAUGUUGUGGGCUACUUCCCUCAGGGUCUCUGGUACGACUACUACACGGGUGAUUCUAUCCGUAGUAAAGGAGAAGAGUUGAGGCUCAAGGCUCCUCUAGAGCAUAUCAACCUUCACCUGAGAGAAGGAGCUGUCAUACCUACACAGCGUCCCAACACAACCCUGUUUGUGAGCAGUGGUCAGCCGCUCCACCUCGUGUCCAGUCUGUCUGAAGACGGCUCGGCCGGAGGAGAACUGUUCUGGGACGACGGAGAGAGCAUCGACACCUUUGAGACAGACCAGUACGCUCACGUAGUGUUCACUGUGGUGAAGAACACGAUGACAUCGGAGGUGCUGCACGACCACGUGGAGGCUUCCUACAUCACCGUGGAAACAGCCUCCUUCUAUGGCGUGAAGAUGGAGCCUACCAGGGUUAUGGUCAACUCCCAUGAUGCUGCAUUCACCUACAGAGCCAAUCAGGUGUUGACUGUAACAGAUCUGGGAUUGAAUCUCAGCCAGAACUUCACCAUCAGUUGGAUCUAGCAGCUUUUCCCCCAAAAUUGGGAAUUCCGACCUUUUGGAAUGUUGAUGGUUUUUCCUUCCCUGACCGUCUCUACUGCUUUACGCCCCACGUCCGUGACCCAAAUGGCACCCUAUUCCCUAUAUAGUGUACUACCAGGGCUCAAAACACGCUCACUGUAGGACACACUAUAUGUUGCUCCGGGUGGGAUUGAAUCCUGACCUGAACCAUUAGAUACUAACCUAACUACUGAUCUAGGACCAGAUUACCCUCCUACAAUCCUAACCUGAACCAUUAGAUACUAACCUAGGACCAGAUUACCAUCCUACAAUCCUAACCUGAACCAUUAGAUACCAACCUAACCACUGAUCUAGGACCAGAUUACCCUCCUACAAUCCUAACCUGAACCAUUAGAUACUAACCUAGGACCAGAUUACCCUCCUACAAUCCUAACCUGAACCAUUAGAUACUAACCUAGGACCAGAUUACCCUCCUACAAUCCUAACCUGAACCAUUAGAUACUAACCUAGGACCAGAUUACCCUCCUACAAUCCUAACCUGAACCAUUAGACUGUCUGAGUCUAGUUGAUGAUCCCUGGUCUAGGGGACUACUACUUCCUCCCUGUCUGAAUCUAGUUGAUGAUCCCUGGUCUAGGGGACUACUACUUCCUCCCUGUCUGAAUCUAGUUGAUGAUCCCUGGUCUAGGGGACUACUACUUCCUCCCUGUCUGAAUCUAGUUGAUGAUCCCUGGUCUAGGGGACUACUACUUCCUCCCUGUCUGAGUCUAGUUGAUGAUCCCUGGUCUAGGGGACUACUUCCUCCCUGUCUGAGUCUAGUUGAUGAUCCCUGGUCUAGGGGAUGACUUCCUCCCUGUCUGAAUCUAGUUGAUGAUCCCUGGUCUAGGGGACUACUACUUCCUCCCUGUCUGAGUCUAGUUGAUGAUCCCUGGUCUAGGGGACUACUACUUCCUCCCUGUCUGAGUCUAGUUGAUGAUCCCUGGUCUAGGGGACUACUUCCUCCCUGUCUGAAUCUAGUUGAUGAUCCCUGGUCUAGGGGACUACUUCCUCCCUGUCUGAAUCUAGUUGAUGAUCCCUGGUCUAGGGGACGACUUCCUCCCUGUCUGAAUCUAGUUGAUGAUCCCUGGUCUGGGGGCUACUACUUCCUCCCUGUCUGAAUCUAGUUGAUGAUCCCUGGUCUAGGGGACUACUACUUCCUCCCUGUCUGAAUCUAGUUGAUGAUCCCUGGUCUAGGGGGCUACUACUUCCUCCCUGUCUGAGUCUAGUUGAUGAUCUCUGGUCUAGGGGGCUACUACUUCCUCCAUGUCUGAAUCUAGUUGAUGAUCCCUGGUCUAGGGGACUACUACUUCCUCCCUGUCUGAGUCUAGUUGAUGAUCCCUGGUCUAGGGGACUACUACUUCCUCCCUGUCUGAAUCUAGUUGAUGAUCCCUGGUCUAGGGGACUACUUCCUCCCUGUCUGAAUCUAGUUGAUGAUCCCUGGUCUAGGGGGCUACUUCCUCCCUGUCUGAAUCUAGUUGAUGAUCCCCUGGUCUAGGGGACUACUACUUCCUCCCUGUCUGAGUCUAGUUGAUGAUCCCCUGGUCUAGGGGACUACUUCCUCCCUGUCUGAAUCUAGUUGAUGAUCCCUGGUCUAGGGGACUACUACUUCCUCCCUGUCUGAAUCUAGUUGACGAUCCCCUGGUCUAGGGGACGACUUCCUUCCUGUCUGCUGUAACUGCCAAAAAUAGUCUGUCCCAAAUACCACCCUAUUCCCUAUAGUGUACUACUAAUGACCAGGGCCCUUGUGUAUAUAGGGUAUAGGGGGCCAUUUGGGACAGGUAUAGUCUCUGUGAAGCUUUAUAGUGGUGGUGAUAGUAUUUUUUUCCCCCAUGUGACAGGUAGGCCUACAUUUACUGAGGCACAGCCUACGCUACAGUAAUAUAAAGACUGAAUAAGCGUCUCAUUGACCCAUCUCUAGCUGGCUUUCAGGGUCACCUUGUUUUUUUAAUUGUAAAGAUUUGUCAUUUUUAUUGCGGCUGCAGAGUUUUAAAACCGCUUGUCACUCGAAUAUCGUUGCUUUAAAUCAACUAAAUGUUAUGAAAGGUAUUUAUCAGCCUGUUAAUUAUACGUAAGGCCCUAUUAUUAUAUUACCAAAGUUAGAAUAAAAUCAGCUCGCCUCUACUAUAUAUAUAUGUAUACUAGCUGCAUGUCUCUUCCAGCUGUAUCAUGGUUUGAACAAUGUGAUUCCAGUCCAUAUAAUAUACAGUAUAGUAAUACAGUUCACACUCAACAAGCCUCCUGGAGCGAGUUUCAUUUAUUUACCCAACAGAGGACAUAGCUGGCUACAUCUAUGGGCUUUUCUGUUUUUCUGUCGUGCAUGUAUGUAUUGGAUAACGGCACAAUAUUUUGGACUGUUUUGGGGCUUGGGCUCAUGAAAUGUCUUUAAUGUAGGGCUCAUUAAAUGUCUUUAAUGUAGGGCUCAGUAAAUGUCUUUAAUGUAGGGCUCAGUAAAUGUCUUUAAUGUAGGGCUCAGUAAAUGUCUUUAAUGUAGGGCUCAUGAAAUGUCUUUAAUGUAGGGCUCAUUAAAUGUCUUUAAUGUAGGGCUCAUUAAAUGUCUUUAAUGUAGGGCUCAUUAAAUGUCUUUAAUGUAGGGCUCAUUAAAUAUCUUUAAUGUAGGGCUCAUGAAAUGUCUUUAAUGUAGGGCUCAUGAAAUGUCUUUAAUGUAGGGCUCAUGAAAUGUCUUUAAUGUAGGGCUCAUGAAAUGUCUUUAAUGUAGGGCUCAUGAAAUGUCUUUAAUGUAGGGCUCAUUAAAUGUCUUUAAUGUAGGGCUCAUUAAAUGUCUUUAAUGUAGGGCUCAUGAAAUGUCUUUAAUGUAGGGCUCAUGAAAUGUCUUUAAUGUAGGGCUCAUGAAAUGUCUUUAAUGUAGGGCUCAUGAAAUGUCUUUAAUGUAGGGCUCAUGAAAUGUCUUUAAUGUAGGGCUCAUGAAAUGUCUUUAAUGUAGGGCUCAGUAAAUGUCUUUAAUGUAGGGCUCAGUAAAUGUCUUUAAUGUAGGGCUCAGUAAAUGUCUUUAAUGUUGGGCUCAUCAGGCUUGAAUUUUUUAAUCAAAGCUCUAAUCAAAUCCAGACAGGCCUGUUUUUAUGCUCUAUAAUGCUUUUGAAGGACCGUUCCAGUUUGGACUGGAAAUGCCAGUUUAGUCGGUAGGAAAGUGAUUUAUUCUCAGGAUGGAACAUUUUGUGAAAUACGUUGAAAAUAUUCAACCGUGAGCCAGAUGCCAGCAUUAGUUUUGAAAGGCCUCCUGUGUAUUUUACUGGUUAGGUAGUAAAAUAUGAAGUCUAGUCGUUCUGCCACUGGUCGUUAUUACAGUCAAGAGCCAACUUUUAUUUAGCUGUUUUCAUUUCUCAGAGGAAAGGUGAAGAUGUGCAAUUAAAAGGAGAGGAACUUUUCUUUCCCUCAGAACAAGACUAGAAUGGGGUGAGAUGGAUGUUUGUGUCUUUGGGGAGUUUCGUGAUAAUAAUCCGUGAUUGUUGUUAUUGAUACUGAUAUGUACAUAUUGUUGUUGACAAGCUUGUUUGCACUGAAUCAGGACAUAUUGAAGGUACAGGGAAGUGCCUUACGAAUGAUCAAACUGUCUCUUCUACAGCUCUGUUUUAACUCUGUUCUAGAAUGAUAGUUUCAGAGCACCUCUAGAACAGCUGUUUUACCUGUGUUCUAGAAUGAUAGUUUCAGAACACCUCUAGAACAGCUCUGUUUUAACUGUGUUCUAGAAUGAUAGUUUCAGAACACCUCUAGAACAGCUCUGGUUUAACUGUGUUCUAGAAUGAUAGUUUCAGGACACCUCUAGAACAGCUCUGUUUUAACUCUGUUCUAGAAUGAUAGUUUCAGAACACCUCUAGAACACCUCUGUUUUAACUGUGUUCUAGAAUGAUAGUUUCAGAACACCUCUAGAACAGCUCUGUUUUAACUGUGUUCUAGAAUGAUAGUUUCAGAACACCUCUAGAACACCUCUGUUUUAACUGUGUUCUAGAAUGAUAGUUUCAGGACACCUCUAGAACAGCUCUGUUUUAACUCUGUUCUAGAAUGAUAGUUUCAGAACACCUCUAGAACAGCUCUGUUUUAACUGUGUUCUAGAAUGAUAGUUUCAGAACACCUCUAGAACAGCUCUGUUUUAACUGUGUUCUAGAAUGAUAGUUUCAGAACACCUCUAGAACAGCUCUGUUUUAACUGUGUUCUAGAAUGAUAGUUUCAGAACACCUCUAGAACAGCUCUGUUUUAACUGUGUUCUAGAAUGAUAGUUUCAGAACACCUCUAGAACAGCUCUGGUUUAACUGUGUUCUAGAAUGAUAGUUUCAGAACACCUCUAGAACAGCUCAGUUUUAACUGUGUUCUAGAAUGAUAGUUCCAGAACACCUCUAGAACAGCUCUGUUUUAACUGUGUUCUAGAAUGAUAGUUUCAGAACACCUCUAGAACAGCUCUGUUUUAACUGUGUUCUAGAAUGAUAGUUUCAGAACACCUCUACACAUCUACAUUGUUCUAAAACUAGAAUUCUAGUUAGUUUGUUUUCUAACUUCUUUACUGUGACUCUAAAACAGGGUCUUUCUCUCUAAAACAAUGAGAUUAAAGUAUUGUCAGGCUUUCUCAGACAUACAACUGCCUUUUGCUAAAUAAUGAGGAUUGUAGUUUGACAUUUGAAGCAUUAUGGAAACGUUUGCCCUUUGAAAUUGAUUGGUAGAAAUUGAUUGGUUGAAAGUGAUUGGUUGAAAUUGAUUGGUUGAAAGUGAUUGGUUGAAAUGUUGUUUGACAAAUGUGUUUAUUUGUCCUGUUCUAUUCAAGCGGUAUAAUGAAAACUGUGGAAGGGAAGACUGGCCUUAUGUUGGCCGGUUCUGCCAGUUGGGUGUAUCUAUCUGGCAUGAAUAAUGACUGGCCUUGUAUUGGCCGGUUCUGCCAGUUGGGUGCAUCUAUCUGGCAUGAAUAAUGACUGGCCUUGUGUUGGCCGGUUCUGCCAGUUGGGUGUAUCUAUCUGGCAUGAAUAAUGACUGGCCUUGUGUUGGCCGGUUCUGCCAGUUGGGUGCAUCUAUCUGGCAUGAAUAAUGACUGGCCUUAUGUUGGGUGUAUCUAUCUGGCAUGAAUAAUGACUGGCCUUGUGUUGGCCGGUUCUGCCAGUUGGGUGUAUCUAUCUGGCAUGAAUAAUGACUGGCCUUGUAUUGGCCGGUUCUGCCAGUUGGGUGCAUCUAUCUGGCAUGAAUAAUGACUGGCCUUGUAUUGGCCGGUUCUGCCAGUUGGGUGUAUCUAUCUGGCAUGAAUAAUGACUGUUGAUGCUGUAAUGCCCACCUCUCGAUUUCCAUUUGUGUUAUGUUGAACGGGGACAUUCUCAGACAGAUGCUCGUUUCAAAUGAUGCCUUGAUUAAACAUGAAUCCUGACUCCCA